GGUGAGACUGGGAUGGAGCAUGAGCUGUGUGAGCCAAACCCUCAAUGGCAUGACCCAUGCUAGCCUGCUUCGUGCCCCACUGUGGCCAAGUGGAGCUCCAUAGGGAACCAUGGAAUGGCCACUGGGAGUGAUGCUCCCUCAUUCCUCCAUCCCACUGGAUGUCCCUCAGCCUGUUGGCUGAGCACGUGUCAUUACAUAGAGCAGUAACAAAAGAGCUGCUGUGGUAAGAGCCUCAUGACUUGAAACUGGUUUCAAAAGGGACUUUUGGUGACCAUCACCACCAGGUGAAAUGACAGAGACGUGGGUCAGCACUUGCUCUGUUAACUCCUGCCCUAACUCCUCUGCCGUGCUCACAGGGUGCUCAGCAUGAUCUCGGAGAGGGACUCAGAGACCACCUUUGAGGAGGAUUCCCAACCUAACGAUGAGGUGAUGCCCUACAGUGACGAUGAAACAGAGGAUGAACUGGACACUCAGCAGCCUGGGGCUGAACCAGGCCAGACCCACAGCGACAGAGACACCCAGGAGAGCAGAGACACCUUGAGGAAAGACUGCAGCUGGCAAGUGAAAGCAAACGACCACCACUUCUACCAGCAGCCCCAGUUCAAGAGAACAAUAUUCCUGUGCUUCAAGAGAAGCAAAUACAAAGGAAAUGCCAUCAAGACCUACAAGUACAACCCAAUCACAUUCCUACCCCUGAAUCUCUUCGAGCAGUUCAAGAGAGCAGCCAACUUCUACUUCCUUGUCCUUCUCAUCCUGCAGUCAAUUCCCCAGAUAACAACCCUGUCAUGGUACACAACACUGGUGCCCUUACUCCUGGUGCUGGGGAUAACUGCAGUCAAAGACCUGGUGGAUGACAUUGCUCGCCACAGGAUGGACAAUGAGGUGAAUAACAGGAGAUGUGAAGUCAUCAGGGAUGGCAGGUUCAAGAGCACAAAAUGGAAAGAUAUCAAAGUUGGGGAUAUCCUUCGCCUGAAGAAGAACACUUUCAUUCCUGCUGAUAUUUUGCUGUUAUCCAGCUCAGAACCAAACAGCCUGUGCUAUGUGGAGACAGCCGAGCUAGAUGGGGAAACCAACUUGAAAUUCAAGAUGGCACUGGAGGUAACACACAGAUACCUGCAAGAAGAAGGCGCAAUGGCAAACUUUGAUGGCCUGGUUGAAUGUGAGGAACCAAACAACAGACUGGAUAAGUUUGCAGGCACCUUGUUCUGGAGAAACACAAGUUAUUCCCUGGAUGCUGAUAAGAUCCUGCUACGUGGAUGUAAGCUCAGGAAUACAGACUUCUGCCACGGCAUGGUCAUAUUUGCAGGUGCUGACACAAAAAUAAUGAAGAACAGUGGAAAGACCAGAUUCAAGAGGACCAAAAUUGACUCCCUGAUGAACUACAUGGUUUAUACCAUCUUCCUUGUCCUCAUCCUGCUGUCAGCUGGCCUUGCCAUUGGCCACACGUACUGGGAGCAGCAGGUUGGCAACUCAUCCUGGUACCUCUAUGAUGCUGAAGACUUCAGUCCUCCCUAUCGAGGCUUCCUGAACUUCUGGGGCUACAUCAUUGUCCUCAACACCAUGGUCCCCAUUUCCCUCUAUGUGAGUGUGGAAGUGAUCCGGUUUGGCCAAAGCUACUUCAUCAACUGGGACCUGCAGAUGUAUUACCCUGAGAAGGACACUGCUGCCAAGGCCAGAACCACCACCCUCAACGAGCAGCUGGGGCAGAUCCACUACGUCUUCUCUGACAAGACAGGAACCCUGACCCAGAACAUCAUGACCUUCAAGAAGUGCUGCAUAAAUGGCCAGAGAUAUGGAGACUGCCGGGAUGGAGCAGGGCAGCUUCAGAGGCACCCAGAGCAAGUGGAUUUCAGCUGGAAUAUGUAUGCAGAUGGGAAGUUCUCCUUCUAUGAUCACUACCUGAUAGAGCAGAUAAAAGCUGGCAAGGACCCCGAAAUACACAAGUUCUUCUUUCUGCUUGCCAUUUGCCACACUGUCAUGGUUGACAUCUCUGAUGGUCAGCUCAAUUACCAAGCAGCUUCUCCAGAUGAAGGAGCCCUGGUUACAGCAGCCAGGAACUUUGGCUACGUGUUCCUGUCCCGAACACAGAACACCAUCACUCUGAGUGAAAUGGGCACACAGAGGACAUAUGAUGUCCUUGCUAUCCUGGACUUCAACAGUGAGAGGAAGAGGAUGUCUGUCAUUGUGAGAGAAUCAGGAGGAAACAUCAGGUUAUACUGUAAAGGGGCUGAUAUAGUCAUCUAUGAACGCCUGCACCCAAGGAAUCCCAAGAGAGAAGCCACAGAAACAGCGCUGGAUGUAUUUGCCAGUGAGACCCUGAGGACCCUCUGCCUGUGCUACAGAGACAUCACUCCUGAGGAGUUUGAGGCCUGGAAUAAGAAGUUCCUGGAGGCCAGUGUGGCCACCACGAACCGUGAUGAAGCUCUGGACAAAGUGUAUGAGGAAAUAGAAAAGAACCUGAUUCUCCUUGGAGCAACAGCUAUUGAAGACAAGCUGCAGGAUGGAGUUCCAGAGACUAUUUCCAGGCUUUCCAAAGCAGACAUUAAAAUCUGGGUGCUCACUGGUGACAAAAAAGAAACUGCUGAAAACAUUGGAUUUUCUUGUGAGCUCUUAACAGAUGAAACCACCAUCUGCUACGGAGAAGACACCAGUGCUCUUCUUCAAACAAGGCUGGAAAACCAGAGGAACAGAGCUGGAUCCAGUGCACAUUCCUCACUGGGAAUGAAUGAGCCCUUCUUCCAAGACAGUAGGGAUCGUGCUUUAAUAAUCACUGGCUCCUGGUUGAAUGAAAUCCUGCUGGAGAAGAAGAAGAAGAAGAAGAAGAAGCUGAAGCUGAAGUUCCCCAGAAUAGCAGAAGAGGAAAAGAAGCAAAGGGAGAAGAGCCACAGGGCUGAGGCUUACAAAGAGCAGCAGCAGAAGAACUUUGUGGACCUGGCCUGCGAGUGCAAGGCCGUGAUCUGCUGUCGGGUGACUCCAAAGCAGAAGGCCAUGGUGGUGGAGCUGGUGAAGAAGUACAAGAAGGCCAUCACUCUGGCUAUUGGGGACGGUGCCAAUGAUGUCAACAUGAUCAAAACUGCUCACAUUGGAGUUGGGAUCAGUGGCCAGGAAGGGAUGCAAGCUGUCAUGUCCAGUGACUACUCCUUCGGGCAGUUCCGCUACCUCCAGAGGCUGCUGCUGGUCCAUGGGCGCUGGUCCUACAUCCGGAUGUGCAAGUUCUUAAGAUACUUCUUCUACAAGAACUUUGCUUUUACUCUGGUCCACAUCUGGUAUUCCUUCUUCAGUGGCUUUUCUGCCCAGACAGCGUAUGAAGACUGGUUCAUCACGCUCUACAACGUGUUGUACUCCAGCCUCCCUGUGCUGCUCGUUGGAUUGCUCGACCAGGACGUGAGUGACAAGCUGAGCCUCCGCUUCCCCAGGCUCUACGUGUUGGGCCAGAAGGAUUUACUCUUUAACUACAAGAAGUUCUUCCUGAGUUUGCUUCACGGAGCUAUCACCUCCUUGAUCAUCUUCUUCAUCCCGUAUGGAGCCUACCUGAAAACUGUGGGGCAGGAUGGAGAAGCGCCAUCGGAUUAUCAGUCCUUUGCUGUCACAGCAGCUACUUCUCUUAUCUUUGUGGUCAACUUUCAGAUUGGUUUGGAUACAUCCUACUGGACCUUUGUGAAUGCUUUCUCAGUGUUUGGGAGUAUUGCACUUUACUUUGGCGUCACCUUUGACUUCCACAGUGCUGGAAUCCACGUUCUCUUCCCUUCUGGCUUUCAAUUCACUGGAACCGCUCCAAAUGCUCUGAGACAACCGUACCUGUGGCUCACCAUGAUUUUAUCCAUUGCUAUCUGCUUACUCCCCAUGGUGGCCCAGCGUUUCUUAGCCAUGACAAUUUGGCCUUCAGAAAGUGAUAGAAUCCAGAGGCACCGCAGGCAGCUGGUGGCAGAGGAGCAGCAGUGGAAGCGGCGGCCGAGCGCGUUCCAGAGGGGAGUGUCCACCCGGCGCUCCGCUUACGCCUUCUCCCACCAGCGCGGGUACGCGGAUCUCAUCGCCUCCGGGCGCAGCAUCCGGAAGAAACGGGCUCCUCUGGAUGCGGUGCUGGGGACCAGCGUGCCAGAGCCCCGGGCUGCUCCCACGCUCUGAUCCCCCGCCUGCGGGCCGUGCUUUGCACCCAGUUGCCCACCAGUUGUACAAACUGAACCAGACGGCAUCGGGACGUGGAGGUUUUGCCACAGAAUUCCUGCUUUUGGGCUUGCUGGAACCAUGGAAAGGCCAAGAGUUCUCUACGGAGCUCGUGCGACCGAGUCCUGGUCACCGAAAGUGGAGGAUCCGUGUGCUGUGGAAACCAGCAUUGGAAUUCCAACCGUUACUCCCACAGAUGUUGGUCCGGAGCUGCAGCUACAUUUCAUGUUUGCUCUGGGGAGCAAACUGCUGCCAGCAGUUGCCCCGUGGCACCAUUUCACUGAGCCUCUCGCUGACGGACACCAGCCGGGCGCUGGGAGGAGCUGGGGGAGGCUCUUCGGGCCCCUCCGCCGCGCUGAGCAUGCGGCUGGUGGGGAGCGUCUGACCCGGGCUGGGGUGGUUCCUGCUCCUUCCAUCGAGGGGCACCAUCUGCCUUCCACAGCCGCUCCCUGGCUCUCCCCCGGGAUGGAGAGACCCAGGCGGGAUCAGAGGCUCUCCUGGCCCCCCUCCCUGCCCGCCUCCGAGGCACCCGCCGCAGCGCGCCCAGGAGGGACGGAGCCGAACUCCUCCCCUUCGCCCAAGCUUUGCCUCCGUGGGGGGACGCGUGAAUGUCCCCUCGCGUCUAUCCCGGCUCCUGCGCUAAGGAGGGGCUGGUCGCGACUAUCACGACAUGCAGCUCGGCUAGAAUGGAGUGUACAUUUCAGAGAUCUAACGCUAGUAAAGGGCCUAAACUUU